UCCCGGCUACACUCUUCCACCUUUCCCCUUCUACACAUUAAGAACGCCCGAAUACUCCUCGCAAUGGACGCGGCGAGCCGGCGGUAAGAUUUGGGACAUGUGCGCGCCAUCUAUACACACGCUAACUCGCAACAGACCGCAAUUGCCGGCGCUCUCCUACCUAGAUGUCGAGAAAGAGAAGUCAGAACAUGAGGCAUUCCCUCACGAGAGGAAUGUCGGCGCACAAUCUACCCCAUCCGAGACCAGCCCUUCGUCUGCUCGACCGUUAGGCUCUUCCGCGCCUUACAGCCACCCCGCAUCCCAAGCAAACACCACAUCGAGGCGAACAAGUGGGGAGGUUCAAGACAACCCUAAACAAGUAUCACGCCAAUCUUUGCCGUCCAUCUCGGAGGCAUUGGGCGUCGACACUCACACCCCCUUCUCUACGUCCGGUGCACAAGCUUCCUCACAAACCGCCACGCCAUCUUCUCCCUCGCCGAGUUUCCGACGCCUACACGGCACCGAGGCGCCUCCCCCCAUUCAUCCGCAUUCAUCGUACCCGCGCGACUCGGCUGGACCGCCUCCCUACCCACCUGUGGACUCGAUUCGACCAGCAGCGCAGCCUCGAGCAGAGCCUGGUCCUCAUAUGCCGCCGCCGCCUCAAGCUGCAGCUCCCGAACGAGUGGAAAAAGCAAACGCGCAGUACGAGCACUCGUCUCACUCAGCAUCGAAUCACAUGCCGCCGCCAAGCUUCUCCUAUGGCUAUGCGUCGUAUGCUCCGAGAUAUGCCGACACUGCUCCCCCGCCACCCAGCGCCGGCCCCAUCUAUCAGCCAUCGUCACAGUACGCGCCGCCCGCGACAUCAACAUCGAGUUGGAGGUCGGAUAGCGCCACUUCUCACUCUGCUCCGGAUGAGCGGGGCCCACCACCUUCUGCCUACGAAGAGUCUGUCAAACGUCAUCUCGACCUAUACGAUUUAGAAGCAGCUCUCAACGAUGUCUCCCAAACAAGCAGCAUCGUCCUCGACUUCUCCCGGCGCUACGGCGACCGCAUGCACCAAACAGCCCGCAGCACCCCGGCGCUCUUCAACCUCCCCAGCAUCGUCGAAGUAGACGACAUGAUGAGCAAAUCCCGCCACCAACUCGACGCCCUCAGCAAAAUCCGCGACGUCGUCGUCACGCAGCAAAUCACCUACGAGCAAGAACUGGCGCAACAACGGCAACAAGCCAAAGCCUACCGAGAAGGUCCUACCGGCCCCUCGAACGGUGUUGCCGACGAUCCGCAGCAGAGUCUUGCAGAUCAUAGCGACGAUGGCGGCUUUGCGGGCUCCGAACCUAAGAAGCGUCGAGGCCGCGCUGCUCCUCCGGGCCGCUGCCAUAGCUGCAACCGCGCCGAGACGCCCGAAUGGCGGCGCGGGCCUGACGGCGCGCGCACGCUGUGCAAUGCGUGCGGGCUACAUUACGCCAAACUCACGCGGAAGCAGACGAAUGCGAGUAAAAGCGCAACGACGACGACCACCUCGAACAGCUCGAAUCUCCGCCCAAAGGAAUCGUGAAUGCCGCACUCGCCAUGGCAACGAGUUCUGGAGUGAUUCUCCGUUUCUUGUGAUUUACGUUUUAGACUGAAUCUUUGGUUUCCCCCCUUUGUUGUUUC